UUUUAUUUACAAUGCAACCAUCACCUGUGAAAUAACAAAGUGGCGUGGCCAACAUUCCCUUCAAGAAAGAACAAUCACAUUACUCCGUAACCAUUAAAUCACUGCAUCGUAUCUAUCUAUCUAUCUACUCGAGUACGAUCUAACUGAAGAAAACCAAAACCCAAAACCCAAAAAAAGGAAAAAUCUACCAAAAUUAUACCUUCCAUCUCUACAUCACCAAAUGGCCAUCGAUCGUCCAAUUCCUUCAUUCUAUUGUUGUUAUCUUCUCCGAUCAACCGUCCGACAUAAUGGCUUAUAUAUUGGAUCCACUCCAAACCCAGGUAAGCAAGUCCAAUGCCAUGACAUGUAACAUACCGAGUAUGUCGACUCCGUACUUUUCUGACAACCAAUCCCAUGAAAAUCUAGUCAGACGACUUCGGCAACAUAAUGGAUUGGCAAAAGGUGGUGCCGUGAGAACGAGCCGGCUUUCUUUGAGACCAUGGGAAAUGGCUUGCACUGUCACAGGUUUUCCGAGUUCCAUCGCGGCUUUGCAGUUUGAGUAAGUUUCACUCCAUGUUCACGUGAUAAUUUUCGUGAGAUGGACAUAAGUCUUACAUACUUUACACUUGAGCUACCCAAUAAAUCCCAUGUUGGAGUCGGUUAUUCAAUUGCUCUUCACUCGUCUCCGUCAUCAAGCAAUGUUUGAUGAUACUUACAACUAUUAUCCCAUCCCCAGCUAACACUUUCAACUAACGUCCAUCAGAUGGGCCUGGCAAAAUCCACACAUAACUCAUCACAUCCCACCAUCAUCAAGAAUUUCACACGCAACUCAAAAGAAACGAUCGGGUCAUCCUAAACGUCCUCGACAUUCUAUUCAAUCGGCUUUAUCAAAUCUACAUCUUCUGCUUAGUGUUCCAUCAUUUUCACGAUGGCCACUAGAAGUAAGAUUCUUUUCACCGGAUGUUCAUGAAGCUUGGAUCAAGUCAUCGAAAGGGGCAAUCGAACCACUGAGAGAUUCUUUACCUAUCAUUACGGGUUUUCCACCAGCAGAACAAAUAAUUGAUGAUAGCAAGGAUGGUGAGACUACAAGUGGCCGUCAUGGGAUUGAAUCUCUGAAAGUUGCUUAUGAGGACAUGAAACCCCACUUGGAGAAGGGAAAGAAAUUAUUCCGUCCUGAUAUGAAAGAAGCUUGCGGGAUUUGUAACCAACACCUUCAACACAACUCAAGCCUUCACACUAUUUGCCCCAAUACGGAUUGCGGUACUAUCACUCACAUGAUAUGCUUAAGCAGGCAUUUCCUUCAAAGCGAGAAGAAUAAGCAACUUGACGAGCUCUUAGUUCCUAUCAAAGGAGUCUGCCCAAGUUGUAAGAUGGAAGUCCGAUGGAAUGAUGUGAUAAAAGAAUUAUCUCUUAGAAUGAGAGGUCAACAAGUGGUGGAGAAAUUAUUGAAGCCAAAGAGAGUGAAGAAGACGGCCAAAGGUGCCACGGCCUCUCAAGCAGUUGUCGAAUCCAAUGAUAAUCAGGAGGAGGAGGAGGAGGAGGAGGAGGAGGAGGAAGAAGAUGAUGAUGAUUACAUCAACAUGGGCGAAUUCGAUCCACAAACCCCCGAGGAAGAAGGGAAUGGUUUCAAAAAUUAUUUCGAUUCUGAUGAUUCCGAUACCAUGUCUGUUGCCAGUAUCGCAAGUACUAAACCACAGAUGCAGAGUGUUCCAGUUACUCAAUCAAGGCUUAUUACGGUUAUUGAAGAUAGCGAUAAAGAUGAAGAAGAAGAAUUGGAUGGAUGAAAGAAAGAAAGAAAUCAAAUACCUUUUCAUGUUCAUUUACAUGAAUCAAAGAAUAAUGCGCUGGCUUUUAACUCGUGAGUGCUUUCCUUCCUGUGGGAUUUUUUUCAAGGCUGGAUAGAUUAAUCGAUGAGAAUUUCAACUCGAAUUUCACUUCGGUCCUUUUUUUCACCAAUUUCUAAAUGGACUGCCUGCCUUAUGGACGACCGAUUCAUCCUCCCUAAACCUACCUGUUCGUUGUGGCAUAUAUAGUAUUGACAGCUGAAUGUGGAGUAGAUAUGGAGACCCCCUGGAGGUCGAGAACGAGAGGAUUUUCUUCGGUCAAUAGACGAAAGAUCUAAGAUUGUUCACCGCUUGAUGGUAGUUGAGAGACGGUAUAGAAGAGAAUGGAUAUGAUGGAUAUGGUGGAUUAAUGAAUUAAUUGAAAGAAUCGAUGUUUACAUGCGCACGUGAAUACUUCAGCACCGUCCGGCCACCGCACUGAAUCUAGACUAAGCUGGGGCCCAGGUCAACUGCCGAAAAAGAGGGAACUGGUGGAUCUAGAGAGGAAAUAAAUUAGCCAUCUCCUGCUCUACGUGAAAGGGUUUGCCUAAAGAAUUGUUCCGCACUUUACAUUUUUUGGAGACAACUAGCUUCAAAUCCUAAGAAAUGGAGUUGCGCACGAAGCAAUUCCAUUUCUCGCGUCCACUACAAGCAACUUUUAGCAUAACUCUAAAACUCGCUUCCACUUCGACAAGAUCAACAGGUGCCAAGCGAAGCUAUUCCGACCAUUCAAAGGCUACCUUAAAACCUUAUUAGGAAUGGCUUUCAAGAGAUGAUGAGUUUGUUGCUCUCUAAAUACCUCUAAUAAAAGCGACUGCUCCUUCUACAUAGUAUUUCUCAACUUGCCGAGCGAGGAAUGAAUCCCUACACCGAGGUCAAACCUAAUAUCAAUGAGCAAAAUCAAUCCCGCCAUUCAAAUUUUGACACUCGAAUCUUCAUCAAGCAUGGCUAGCAAUUGCGAUUGGUAGUUAGUUCUCUACUGUCGUCCCUGAACUGUCGAUCUUUCAUUCCAUGCUACUUACCGGGUAUACACCCUAGUACUUACGUAUUCAUCCCCCCUCGUCUCCGCAUCUCCACACUUUUACCCCGCUAUACUACCUCUGUAACAGGAGUAAUUUUAUCAGAUCAUGUGUAUACUA